AUGAGAUUGCGCAGGAUGGUGGAAACUAAGCCGAGUGGCAAGUGCCACGUGGACGAGAGCGUGCGUCUAGACUAUGCCCACCAUGAAAAACGAGAGUGGCUCGAAAUCGCGCUGUUGGACGCGAUUAAGAAAUGGGGAACGGACCGAAAGCAGUUCAAGAAGAUCAGGACAGAGUUUUUGACCCGAGUGGUGGUGGUUCGCGAGCGUAUGAGCCUUCGUGAGCAAGAAGUACAUGGCACGUGGAUGACAGAGGCCAAGCUGCUGAAGACCUACACACCGACUCUUGGUUGCGAUGCAUUUUGA